CUUUUCCAGCGUUUUGGUGAUCCUUUUCCGGCUUUGCCCUCCUCGUUCUCUGCUCAGACGACUCUUCUUUCUCGGUGCGGCGGCAUCAGCAGCACUGGCCAAAGACAACUGUGGUGCUUGAUUUGGCCUUUCAACCCUGUAGUUUUUCUCUACUUCGAUUCGAAUUUUGUGUUACCCCCGAGAGACUCAGAAUACAGCCUAGACAAAUCGAGAUCCAAAUAAAAGGAAUGGGAUUGGAAUUGGGUUUUCACUGUCAAUUCAUUUGGUUAUGUUUGGUGGAUUGCGCUUAACAAAUGCAGAUGAGCCUCGUGACCGAUUCUCCGGUGCACUCUUCGAGCAGCGACGACUUUGCAGCGUUCCUCGAUGCAUCACUUGAUUCCGGUUCUUCUGAAGAAGCUGAAGAUUCCGAUCAGCUUGAAACGCAAAGGGUAAAAAGGCGCAAAGUUGACAAGAUGGAAAACACAGAGGAGCUUCAGGACCCAACUUCACUUGCACCCUCUCUAGAACAAACCGCAGCCAAAUAUUGGGAAAGACAGCACCAGACCAACUUAUCAGAAGAAGCAUCCAUGAAGAAGGAUGUUUGUACGCAUCCUGGUUCUUUUGGAGAGAUGUGUAUACUGUGUGGGCAAAGGUUGGAUGCAGAUUCUGGUGUGACAUUUGGGUACAUUCACAAGGGACUUAGGCUUGAGAAUGAUGAAAUUGUCAGAUUGAGAAACACAGACAUGAAGAAUUUAUUACGCCAUAAGAAGCUUUAUUUGGUCCUUGAUCUAGAUCAUACACUGCUAAAUUCUACUCAACUUAUACAUAUGUCACCACAAGAGGAAUAUCUAAAGAGCCAAACAGAUUCAUUGCAAGAUGUCUCAAAAGGCAGUCUCUUCAUGCUGAGCUUUAUGCAUAUGAUGACCAAGUUAAGGCCAUUUGUUCGUGCAUUUUUAAAAGAAGCAAGUGAACUGUUUGAGAUGUACAUUUACACAAUGGGUGACCGGGCGUAUGCAUUGGAAAUGGCUAAGCUGCUUGAUCCUCAAAGAGAGUACUUCAGUUCUAGAGUUAUAUCACGUGAUGAUGGCACCCAUAGACAUCAAAAAGGUCUUGAUGUUGUGCUGGGGCAAGAAAGUGCUGUUCUUAUUCUUGAUGAUACAGAGAAUGCAUGGACAAAGCACAAGGACAAUCUGAUAUUGAUGGAAAGAUAUCACUUCUUUGCUUCAAGUUGUCACCAAUUUGGCUUCAACUGUAAAUCUCUUUCUGAGUUGAAGAAUGAUGAAAGUGAGACAGAUGGAGCACUUGUAACUAUUCUUAAAGUUCUUAGGCGUGUCCAUGGGAUGUUCUUUGAUGAACUUGAGGGGAAUCUUGUUGACAGAGAUGUGAGGCAGGUGCUGAAAACGAUUAGGAAGGAAGUCUUGAAGGGCUGUAAACUUGUCUUCAGUCGUGUGUUUCCCACCGGAUUCCAGGCUGAUAAUCACCUUCUCUGGAAGAUGGCAGAGGGUUUGGGAGCUUCAUGUUUGAAAGAGCUCGAUCCAUCUGUGACACACGUGGUCUCAACAGAUGCUGGAACAGAGAAAUCUCGUUGGGCAGUGAAACAUAAGAAGUUUUUGGUCCAUCCACAGUGGAUAGAAGCUGCAAAUUAUUUGUGGCAAAAGCAACCUGAAGAGAACUUUAUUGUCAACCAAACUAAGAAUCCAUGACUGACCCUUUUAACAAUCAGCGCUAACACUUGUUACUGAUGCAUUAGUUUGAGGUACUUAGCUACUCUCCAGCUCUGUAGACCAGCUCGUUUUAAAUUUUGGAAGGGUUAAUUAUCUUUCAUAGAUAGGUGGACUCGGUUUUGAUGAUUUUAAAUCGCCUAAAAGGGUCAAGAAUUAACUAAUGGUGGAUUGAUUGGGAUACUGAAUGUUGGAUACUGCUCUAAUUUUCUGUAUAUAAAUUUUCUUUAUCUU